AGUCGUUGCACUAUCCCCUUCAUGCUGAACGCCAAGCGAGGAAGUUACAACUUCCUCUUUUAAAGUCUUAGGUGUGACUCGACCAAGGAUUGAUCCUGGACCUACCGGUCCCGAAGCGGACGCUCUACCAACUGUGCUAUCCGGGCCGGUCGCCCCCUAGUUGAAUUGAUUGAUGUAUUGUAAAUAGGUUAUUGAAUAAAUAUUGUAAAUAUGGUAUGAGUAUGCAUAUACAGUGUAUCAUAUAUGGUACAUGGACAGAAAUACAUGUACAUGUACUUGGUACCUACAAGGAUUUCAGAAAAUGCAGAUAUGUCCAAUUUCUCAAAUUCAUCACAAUAAAAUGUUAGUUCAUUUCAAUGCGACUGUUCUAAUAAAAUACUUAUAUGCCAUUUUGGAAGACGCAUAAGGUAUAUAAAAUUGUACUGCCGUUUUGUAUUUGGUGAAACAUGAAAUACCACUACCUGUACUUUUGAGUGGACAAUGUUUAAGGACUGCAACAUUAUGAGCUGGCCAUUUUGUAAUAUUUGUACACAGCAUAUUCUGCUCAGAUGACCUCAGAUUACUAACAUAUACAGUACAUCAUAUGAAUAUAGGAAUAAGGUUGAGAUGUCUACAUGCUUAUGUGCAAUUUUAAAUGUGAGACAACAGCAGGUUUACACCCAAUGUGUAAUAAGACAAAGGUUUACACCCAAUGUGUAAUAAGACAAAGGUUUAGGGCUCAAAGGCUCAGGAAUGACUGCGUAACCGCAAACAAUGUCUAAUGGCGGUGCCUCUCAGCAAACACCCUCUGGCAAAAUAUAAGCUGAGGAUCAUGGGCAAAACGCUGUGGGCAUGACAACAAAGUGUGUUUAAUCCAUUACCCACUGACACUGACCCUACUAAAUCCAACAACGCUUCCUUUUGGAAAGAGCACAUUUUCAAUCAUGCCAGAUUAAUGGAUAAUUAAGGAGUAUUACUGGACAGAAUGUUUCUGUAAUACUAGUGAGUAGAGUCCAUGCCUUUGCCAAACAAAUGAUCGUUAACACUCCAGUGUUACAAGACAUGGGUCAUUGACAUCCCAACCAGAUGCAUACAUUACUAAUUAUCAUCCUAUUGUCUAUGAUCCCACACAGGCUCUCUACUGCUUGAUAUUUUACUGCUUCUCUGCUCAACCAGACAGACACUGCACUGUUUUACUCCUAGACCAGCUUAUCUUUUACAGCCUCUCUCAUCAAAUAGCUUGAUAUUACACUGGCUCCUUAAUCUGCCAGCUUGAUAUUACUCUGGCUCCUCCUCAACCAGCUUAAUAUUUCACUGGCUCCUCCUCAACCAACUUUAUAUUUCACUGGCUCCUCCUCAACCAACUUCAUAUUUCACUGGCUCAUCCUCAACCAACUUCAUAUUUCACUGGUUCCUUCUCAACCAGCUUCAUAUUUCACUGGCUCAUCCUCAACCAGCUUCAUAUUUCACUGGCUCAUCCUCAACCAACUUCAUAUUUCACUGGCUCAUCCUCAACCAACUUGAUAUUUUACGGGCCCAUCCUCAACCAACUUCAUAUUUCACUGGCUCAUCCUCAACCAACUUCAUAUUUCACUGGCUCAUCCUCAACCAACUUCAUAUUUUACGGGCCCAUCCUCAACCAACUUCGUAUUUCACUGGCCCAUCCUCAACCAGUUUCAUACUUCACUUGCUCAUCCUCAACCAGCUUCACAUUUCAUUGGCUACCUCUUUAACCAACUCCAAAUUUUACUGCCUAACUCUUCAACUGGGUUUCACAUUUCACAUUUGUACAUCCUCAACCAACUUGACAUUCCACUGGCUCCCUUCUUAACCUGCUAUACCCCAACUCAACUAGUUUCACAUUUCACUGGCUACCUCCUCAAUCAGAUCAAUAUUUUACUGCUUCACUCCUCAACAGUCUGAUAUUUCAUUGGCUCCUUUCUUAACUUGCUAUACCCUAGAGUAACCAGUUCCACAUUUCACCCACUUCCUCCAUCACCAGGUUUGUAUUUCACUGGCUCCUCAAUAAGCUCCAUAUUUUACUGCCUCAUUCCUCAACCAGCUUCAUAUUUCAUUGGCUCUCUUCUUAACCUGCUAUACCAGUGUUCAACCGGCUUCAUACUUCACAGACUACCUCCUCAACCAGCUUCAUAUUUCACUGGCUACCUCCUCAACCAGCUUCAUGUUUUAAUGGCUCCCUCCAUAACCAGCUUCAUAUUUCAGUGGCACCCUCCAUAACCAACUUCAUAUUUCACUGGCUUCUCCUCAACCAGCUCCAUAUUUUACUGCCUCACUCCUCGACCAGCUUGAUAUUUCAUUGGCUCCCUUCUUACCCUGUAAUACCACUGUUCAAUAUGCUUCAUAUUUCAUUGACAACCUCCAUAAUCAGCUUCAUAUUUUACUGCCUCACUCUCCAACCAACUUCAUUUUUUCUGCCUCACAUAUCAACCAGCUUUAUAUUUCACUCCACUUUUGUCUUCCUCUUUCGGUAUGUAUUUUACUUCCUCACUCUUCAAUCAGCUUUAUCUGCUUUGGGAGCAGCAGAUCCAGGGUCAUUCCUUCAAAGAGGAAGUUGUAACUCUGCAUUCAGCAUUAAGGGGACAGUGCAACGACUGGUUGACCCGUAUCAGUACAAUGGCUUGAGCAGGGCGGCUUACUUGCCUUCGGUAAGGUGACUCAGUGAAGCAGCAUUAGUUAAAAGAGCAUUGGAAAUCUGUCCUGCAACAAGGAGGCACAUUACAUGCACUCUAAAGAUUCCUUUGUCAUCAUAUGACUGAAAAAUUGUCAAGUACGACAUUAAACCCCAAGCACUCACUCACUCACUCAAUAUUUUAUAGCGCCUUCCCCACCCACCCCCAAACAGUUUUAUACAUUAUUACACACAAUGACUCUCUUUUACUAUUUAUUUAACUUACAUAUAUACUUUGCAUCAUAUUUAUAAAUUUAUUUCACGGUCAGGUUUACAGAUUGAGAAAACAAGUAAAUAGUAAACCACUGACUUAGCUAACAAACCUUCUGAUCUAAAUUCAAAGUCCAACUAUCAAGACUUGGGUUUGAACUCAUGACCUUAUCAGUCGGAUGCCAAUCGAAUGUCCAGAGAUCUCACCAAAUGUGCAAGUGAGGGUCCAGCUUCAUGUUUAUAUGAGCAGGUUAAUUAUAAAGGUGCAGAAUAAGCCUGUAAAGAGGUGCCAAGAAUUCUUCACGCUGUCAGGAUUUCUACGCCUUGGUUAUGGGCAGAGGAAAGCAUUUACAGCUCGGACGAAACCGCCACACUUUGUCAGCUACCUGACAAAAACACCUGUUGUAAAGCCAAAACCAAACCGGUCACAACUGGAUUCAAACGGAUGACCUCACUUUUCGAGGAUUUGCUUUCAUGACCGAGAGGCCUAAUAUCAGUCCUGAAGAUGAAAGUUAGCUGUUGUAGCUGGAAGUAUACCUGUAACGUAAACCAGACUAGCUGGAUUACUGUGUUAAGGUAAGCUCAUGUUCAAGUGUGGCUUAUAAACAAAUCUAUAAUACCUAACAGUGGCCUUUUUACCUGUGCACUAAGCUGUAUUUCCAUUAUGUGCACAGGUCAUUACCUCUAGCGGCCUACAUACAGAUGCCUGGGAAUUAUGCCAUUUAGAAACAGCUUAAGGACAGUCCUACUUUUGUUCUGUCACCAAGAAGUGUGUCAAAUGAACUACUGCCAAUGUUUAGUUUGCUAUGUACGAGUACAAAUCAGAACUUUAGCUGUGCCCCAUGUGGUCAUGGUGGUAGGUUUCACGAGUGACUAAACAACAAUCUCUGUACUUAUAAGGGCAUGUUUGCUUACUCACCGUAAUACUCAAGAAUAUUUCACAAAAAUGAUUAAUUUAAUCCGAUUGAUUGGUGUUUUACACCAUACUCAAGAAUUUCAUGUGACCGAUGCAUGUCAGAGUUACAGGUUACUUUCAAAAAUUCUACAAUCCCAUUCUCACAACUCAGGAAUGAUGAUUUAAUGCUUGUUUUAUACAUUUCAGGAUCAAAAACUGAACAAGUCUUCAAAUGUUAGUCCGGGUCCAAGGGAAACUAGGUUGAAUAUUUAAAUUUAUAGCAAGGAGGCCCUAUGGAAUAGAACAAAAACAAUGUUUCAAAGGUUUUGUCAUUCAAUGCAUAGCACUAAUUAACAAGUAUGUGACUGAAAGUGUCCCCAAACAUAAAGUCUUUGACAGAUUCUACGUUUUGACUCUAUUUAUCUGUUGUUAGAAAGCAGUCAAAAGAGCAGCAUCAUUUGUGGCCAUUCGUCAGCAGUGGGUGAUAUUGUGCUUCCACUUGAGGCUUUUCUGACAUAGGUAUCAUGUUUAUACGUGCAACAGUCUCCCUGCUGGCAUGGAAGAAAACAGUGACUGUGUUUGGUGCUCGUCAUACCUGCACAACCACAGGGCUGAACUUACCACAGAUGCUAGCUGAACAGCCAGGUCAGGUGACAGUAUUAGGGAGUACAUACAACACAGAUUCCGCCACAAAUGUGAGUCCCAGGAUUCUAACGCGACUAGACUGGCGGCUUCACAACCAGAAAUGUCACCCGAUAAACAUAAUUCGUCAGCGAAUUCAGAACUUCUUUUACUCCCAUUUUUUAAAUCGUUCUGGCAAUCCGAUGUUUUCUGUGUAUGACAACCUCAGUCCUGUGGUGACUCUGGAGCAGAACUUUGACAGUUUAUUUGUGCCUGAGAACCAUCCCUCUAGAGCCCCGUCAGAUAGCUACUACAUCAACCAAAAGUACAUGUUGCGGGCGCACACUUCAGCACACCAGAGAGACCUCAUCCGCUCAGGACUGGAUGCUUUCCUAGUCGUCGGCGAUGUGUAUCGCAGAGACACGAUAGACAAAAGUCACUAUCCAGUUUUCCAUCAGAUGGAGGGGGUACGACUGUACACAGAACACGAGCUGUUUUCAGAAGUAAAAGACCCGAGAGGUUUGUCCUUGUUUGAAGAUGGUCGCAGAUUAUCAGAUAAACAAGAAACACACUCGUUAGAGGCAGCAAAGUUAUCAGAACACAGACUGAAAAGCACACUUGAAAAACUUGCAGUUCAUCUGUUUGGAAAAGACAUAGAGAUGCGCUGGGUAGAGGCUUACUUUCCCUUCACCCACCCGUCGUGGGAAUUAGAGAUCAAGUUUGCUGGUGAGUGGCUGGAGGUACUAGGCUGCGGAACCAUGGAACAAAAGCUACUUCACUCAGGUGGUGCUGGUGAUAAGGUGGGAUGGGCCUUCGGACUUGGUCUUGAUAGGUUAGCCAUGUUGUUGUUUGAUAUACCAGACAUUCGUAUCUUCUGGAGUCGAGAUUCGGGUUUCCUCAGUCAGUUUAACAUUGCUGAUAUCAACUCUGAUAUCAAGUACAAGCCUGUCAGCCUAUACCCACAAUGUAUCAGUGACUUGUCCUUCUGGAUCCCUGAAGCUUUCAGUGAAAAUGAUUUCUUUGACAUUGUACGAAACAUCGGAGGUGACCUUGUGGAACAGGUUGUGAACAUUGACACGUUUGUCCAUCCGAAAACCCAGCGAAGCAGUCAUUGUUACCGCAUAGUGUACCGACACACGGAUAGGACUCUCACACAGGCAGAGGUGAACGAGGUCCAUAAAAUGAUUGCCAAAGAAGCAGAAGCAGUGUUAAAAGUUGAGAUAAGAUGAUUGGAAGUGUGCCAAAAACUCAUUUUACAAUAUGAACUGUUUUGUUUAGCAAUCAAUUUUGGGAAGUUGAAUUGAGUUGUCUGUUUACUUAUGGUGCCUAUCAAGAGCGACUUGUGUGCUGAGCAUUUCAAAAUCCUGUAAUGGUGUUCCGUUCAUUGUUAUGUGUUCAGAUCCAUGAUAUGUGAUAGCUGGGAUUGAUGUGUAAUAUGGCUGUCAUUAACCAUCAAAUCAUUCACAAAAACUUGUAUGUCAGAUAUAAUGCCAGAAGACUUCUGCAGGAGGAUGAGUUCUCACAUUCAGAAAUCUUCAACCUGGAUGCAGCUGGAUUCACUACAUGUGUGACAUGACUGUUCAAUCACAAAAUUUGAGUGUUUGAUUUUCAUUUGCUAUCAUCUAAGGUCAGGGGUAGGCCAGCUACAUGAACACCCGUCUAAGUGAACAGGUAAAAUAGAAAAUCAGUGCCCUUUCAACAUGGGUCAAAGAUGGUAAAUAAUGAAAUCUGGCCUCCCUGCACAAAUGAAAUGGUAGAGAGGAUUGUUUGGAUACCAACUUUCACAUUUCUGGCUGACCCUGACAUAUCCGGUCAUUACAUGUGUGUAGCUAUAUGUACCCGGGUAACCAAUGCAGCAGGUAUUGUGUAGUCGUAGAAAUGAAAAAGACAUUUACAUGGUGCUACAGUUGUAUUUGUGCUCCAGGAUAUUGGCUACAGUCGUGUUUGUGCUCUGGAAUAUCAACUACAGUUGUAUUUGUGCUCUGGGAUAUUGGCUAGAGUUGUAUUUGUGCUCUGGGAUAUCGGCUACAGUUGUAUCUGUGCCCUGGGAUAUUGGCUACAGUUGUAUUUGUGCCCUGGGAUAUCAACUACAGUUGUAUUUGUGCCCUGGGAUAUCAACUACAGUUGUAUUUUUGCGCUGGGAUAUUGGCUACAGUUGUAUUCGUGCUCUAGAAAAUUUGCUGCAGUUGUAUUUGUGCUCUGGGAUAUCUGCUACAGUUGUAUUUGUGCUCUGGGAUAUCAGCUACAGUUGUAUUUGUGCUCUGGGAUAUCAGCUACAGUUGUAUUUGUGCUCUGGGAUAUAGGCUACAGUUGUAUUUGUGCUCUGGGAUAUUGGCUAUAGUUGUAUUUGU